GCUCAGCCAGGACACAUACCAUUAGCAUGAAGUGGUAUACAACAUUUUUCAUUGGCUUAAUUCUCAAUUGGAGGGAGGCAGCAUUCAGCAGUGUUCUGGAAGAUGGCAACCUAUACUGUUUCGCAUGUUUUGCCACGAAAAGCAACAGCAAAUGUGACGACUACAAAGCCUAUAAAGACGCCAUACAUGGUAAGGGCGAACUUUCCUUUCUGAAGAGAUGCACCGCCCCAUACAACACUAGCUGUGUCAUUGAGACGAUUGCCAUAAAUGGCGGAGUCUUCUCCCAUAUACGUGACUGCAGUGAUGGCCAAGGGUCGACUAAUAAGCGUUUGUCUGCACUGACCACCAACAACGAGACGGCAUGCGUAUUUAAUGGAAAUAAUAUGACGUGUCUAACCAGAUGCGCCACUAAUUUUUGCAACGGCCCCUCUUUUGAUGACGCAAUGGUAGAAGCCGAAGGCAAAAGCAGCACUUUGGACAAUACAACGAUUUUUUUCAUAUCUGCGACGGUGUUUUACGUUUUUGUGACUUUCUGUGCCGACUGCAAGACCGGUCGACAUAAUGUAUUUUAAAAUGUUAUCCACUACAUCUAUUUUUCUGGUGUUGCUACCAUUUAACACUAGUAAUGACAUCUGAAUUAUGAUGGUAUGUACAGGACGUUUAAAAGAUGUCCAAAAUGAGGGUUAACACCAAUUCGUAUUGAAUUAACAUGCA